AUGGCUGUUGGUAUCAAAGAAGUGCUGAAUGGAGAGCGCUCAGACGCCAAAGCUACGUCAAAAUUCGAAACUAUGAGCCCUGCUCAUAUAAAUGCCGGUCCUCGAGAUGCUAAUCCUUGCCACGGCGAUGAAGGUGUGGGCGAUAUUCGACUCGAAGACAGCAUGGUGGACGGGCGGAAAGACAAGGCCUUGGUCGGAAUGACUGACAGGCCGACAAAACGGGUUAUCCUAUCAACCAGCACACCAUUCGCCGACACGGUUGUUCGCUCGCUCUAUAGAGAUCCUGACGUCGAGCUUCGAUUAAUCGUACCGCAGGGGUUGGUCGUCGGACAAGGGGAGUUGGAGAACGUGAGAUGUUACGAGGAUGCGCCGCAGCGAGUUACAGACACUACCAGCCAGCCAUUGCGAGGACAGUUCAAUAUGACGGCUGCAAACCUCGCAGAUUGGGCAGACUUGUUGAUUAUAAGUCCUAUGGAUGCCGGAACGCUUGGGUCAAUGGUUUGUGGACUAACUACGAGUCUUACACUGACGCUACUGCGAGGCUGGGAUGUUUCUAAGUCUAUUAUUCUUGUUCCAGGGAUGACCACUCGCCAGUGGGUUGCGCCUAUCACGAGAAGGCAUCUGGACGACAUCCAAGUCUUUUGGCCGUGGGUUAAAGUGCUUCCUCCUAUUCUCUCCAAGUUCGAAGCUCCCGAUCGUCUGGUCGAGCUGCCCUGGGAUGGACGGGAAUCGUUUUAUGAUGAGAUAAAAAAGGGUCUGGGAUGGUCUAUGGGGAUGGAUAUAGAGGGUGGACGUAACCCUUCGCAGGAAGUUGAUGGGGCUGAGAAGGAAAAUGGUCUGAAUGGAAAACAAAACGGGACGACGAUACCCCCCAUCGUUAGCCUUCAGUCAAGCGACAGCUUCUCAUCACAGGCUACGAUUACACAUCCUACUCCGACCCAAACUGCUCUUCCUUCUGAAAUACUAUCAAUGAUCUUUGAAGCUCUCGGUGACUGGGAAACUGCUGCUGCAGUUGGCAUCUACACCCGAUUACCAACUCCUGACCAGUGGAAACCUCUAAUACCCCGUUCACAUUCCUCGCAAUGCACACUUGAGUAUGCCAUUCUAAAGCGGCCGUUCUCUGAAAUCGAGCAAUACCUCUCGUCAGCCUCGCCGUGGAAACCACUCUCCUCAACAUCCGCCCAUCUUAUUCUCAAAUUUUCACGAAUAGAUAUAUUAGACUUUAUUAUUACUUCUCGAUCAGAUAUUUUCUGGUCUACUCCCCGGCUUCUAAACCUCCCGUUCCGAGCUUCAGCUAUAUAUGGCAAUACUGCCCUCCUUGACUGGUGGCUUCGCUGUCCUGAACUACCGAAGAAAGACUACCUAACAGAUGCAAUGGACUCUGCUUCACGCGCCGGGUACAUCCAUGUCCUUGAUUGGUGGCGAAAUUCCGGCCUACCACUCCUCUAUACCGAGCGAGCACUCGAAUCUGCAUCAGCGGAAGGCCAUGUAUCCGUACUAUCCUGGUGGAGAAACGCAUCUGAAUGCUCCCCCGAGCAUGCUUUACCGCUAAAAGUCGGCAAAUCUGUUCUGCUAGCUGCUCAGUCUGGCCGGACAAAUUCAAUAGCCUGGUGGGAUCAAUCGGGUAUACCUUACUCAUACACCGAAUCUGUCGCUCGAAUCGCAAGUACCCACGGGCAUGUGCAUGUUCUAGAACUGUGGUACAAGCUGAAAGGCACAAAGAUGAUAUUUGAUAACCAGGUUCUUGUCGGCGCCACGAAAAAUGGGCAUGUAGAUGUUCUUGAGUGGUGGCGGAGAAGUGGACUGCAUGUCGAAUUCAAGACGUGUGACAUUGAAGAGGCCCUUGAAGACGCAAUCACUGGUGCGGAAGAGCGUGUCCGUCGGUGGUGGGAGAGAAAUGGUUUGAAUCUAGGUGUUGGAACCAGCGAGUGGAUGAAAGUCAAGGUAUUAUAA